CAAAUCAAAUUGAUUUGGUUAAUAAUUUUAAUUCUACAAUCAAUUCAUUGAAUAAUCAUCCAACGGAUAAUAUCAAUAAUUUUGAUUCAUCCACAUCCACUAUUCAUGUCAAUCACCAUCAUCAAGAUGAAGAAAUGACUGAUUUCUUUACACAACAUCCACCACAAGUAGCUAUUGCAAACAAUAAUAUUCUGAAUAAUAGCCAUCAUCAACAGCAACAAUUUAACAAUUUUCGUAAUCAAUCAUUCAAUCUUUCCAAUCAUCAUCAGCAGCAAUAUUUAAAUCGUGAUAAUGUACUAAAAGAUCUGAAUAAAUAUUGUCAAAUCAUUUUACAAGAUAUGAAUAAAUAUGGUUUCUGUGUUAUCGAUGAUUUUCUACAAAAUGGUGAUCUUAUUCUGAAUGAAGUAACAUUAUUAUAUAAAAAAGGUUUCUUUCAACCUGGACAAGUUGUGAAUAUUAAGGCAAAUUCAAAUUCAAAAUUAAUUCGCGGUGAUCGUAUAACAUGGGUUGAAGGUAAUGAACAAAUUUGUUUGAAUAUUGGUUUUCUGAUACGAAUAUUGGAUUCAAUCAUAACACGUUGUAAUAAUUUGGCAUUUGGUGAAUUUCAAAAAUAUCGAAUUACGAGACGAACAAAAGCAAUGAUUGCUUGUUAUCCAAGUAAUUUUACUAAAUAUGUUCGUCAUGUUGAUAAUCCUAAUAAUGAUGGCCGAUGUAUAACAAGUAUUUAUUAUUUAAAUAAAGAUUAUAGUCGUGAGCGUGAUGGUGGUGUAUUAAGAUUAUUUCCACAAAUGAAUGAUGGAAUUGUUGCCGAUAUUGAACCUAGAUUUAAUCGUGUAAUAUUUUUUUGGUCUGAUCGUCGUAAUCCACAUGAAGUAAUGCCAUCAACACGUAUGCGUUUUGCCAUAACUGUUUGGUAUUUUGAUGCUAAUGAACGUGAACGUGCCAUACAAAAAUAUCGAGAAAAUAAAAAGAAAAAUCAACAACAACAACAACAUAAUCAUCAUAAUAAUUAUAGUUUUGAACAAUUCAAUGCUUCUUGUGAUGAUGCAUGGAAUGCUAAAAUCGAAGAUAAAAUUUCCUAUCCAAAUUUGUCAUCGAAAAAUUCAAAUUCAUCACAAUGCUAUUCUACACAUAAUAAACAUAAUAAUAAAUUUGGUAAUAAUAAAUCUUCGAUUCUUAUCAAAGAAAUUCCUUCAUUGGAUUCGAAUGUUGAAUCAUCAUCAAAACAACAACAAUCGACCACAGAAGAAGAAUCAAAUUAUAAUGAUACUUGUUUCGAACAAAAAACCAAAAAUAAUGAUCCAAAAUUGGCUAAACUUAAAAAAUUAUUAUUGGAUGAUGAUAUUACUGAUUUAAGUCAAUUACGUACCAUUACAUGGAGUGGUAUACCGGAUGAAAUUCGUCCAUUAGCAUGGAAAUUAUUACUCGGUUAUCUUCCUACGGUUCGUUCAAAACGUUCGAUUGUUUUGGAGAAUAAAAAAAUUGAAUAUCAAAAUCUGGUUGCACAAUAUUAUAAUAAUCGACAAGAUAAUGAUGAAAUGUAUAGACAAAUUCAUAUUGAUAUACCACGUAUGCAACCAUUAUUAACAAUAUUUCAACAACCAAUCGUACAAGAUAUGUUUAAACGUAUACUAUAUAUAUGGUCAAUACGUCAUCCUGCAUCCGGUUAUGUACAAGGGAUGAAUGAUUUGGUUACACCAUUUUUUGUUACAUAUUUAUCUGAAUUUGUGCCUGGACAUUCAUUUAAUGAUGUUGAAUUAUUUGAUGUAUCAAAAUUAUCCCAGGAAUCAUUAUCAACCAUUGAAGCUGAUUCAUAUUGGUCAUUUAAUAAACUAUUGGAUUCCAUUCAAGAUAAUUAUACAUUUGCUCAACCUGGUAUACAACGAUUGGUUAAUCAUCUAUCACGUGUUGUAUCAAGAGUAGAUAAAAAAUUACAUGAACAUUUGGAAAAUAAUUCGGUUGAAUAUAUACAAUUUGCAUUUCGUUGGAUGAAUAAUUUGUUGAUUAGAGAAAUACCACUUCGUUGUAUAAUACGUCUGUGGGAUACAUAUCUAUCUGAAGGUGCAUUAUCAUCAACAUAUGUACCGGCUAAUAAUUUUAAUGAUUCACAUGAAUUGAAUCAAACAUCAUCAACAUCAUCAUCUUCAUCAAUGAAUUGUGGUACACCAUUCUCUUCCGCAUUUCAUCUGUUUGUUUGUGCAGCAUUUUUACGUUUUUGGUCAAAAAGUUUAUUACAGGAACAAGAUUUUCAAGGCCUUAUGAUACGUUUACAAAAUUUACCAACAUUUCAUUGGUCAGAAAACGAGGUGAAAUUAUUGGUUGCCGAUGCAUAUCAGCUUAAAUAUGCAUUUUCACCAAAUCAUCUAAAAGUUUAAACAAGCUCUUCCUUGAAUCUUAAAAAUAACCAUAUUUUCUGUAAAUAUUUAACGCAUCAGCAACCAACACGGUGUGAAAAAACAAGAUGUACAUUUAACAACAACAACAACAACAAUUGCAAAAAAACAAUCAAAUCAAAUCACAUUUGAUUAAACAAACCAUAUUAGUUUUAUUUUAUUU